CUCCUCUUUAUGGGAGGAGCCGAAGACUGGGGCAAAGUAGUUGUGGAAGCAGGUCUCGGGCAGAGGGUUCGAGUCGCCGGCUUCUCACCUCGCCAUGGUGCGCCUGCCUCUACAGUGUCUCGUCUGGGGUUGUUUGUUGACUGCGGUUUACCCAGAAUCAUCCACUACAUGCAGAGAAAACAAAUACUACAAAAACGGCCAGUGCUGUGAUUUGUGCCCACCAGGGAAGAAACUGGUGAAAGACUGCAUAGAGAACUCCCAAACAGAAUGCAUUUCUUGCAAUGAUGAUGAAUUCCUACCCUCCUGGAAUGCAGAGACACGCUGUCACCAGCACAAAUACUGCGACCACAACCUAGGACUCCGGGUCCAAAAGAAGGGAACCUUGAAAUCAGACACCAUUUGCAUGUGUGAUGAAGGCCAACACUGUACCAGUGAAGCCUGUGAAAGAUGUAUUCUGCACAGUUUAUGCUCCCCUGGAUAUGGGGUCAAGCAGAUUGCUACAGGUAUUUCUGACACCAAGUGUGAACCCUGCCCAUUUGGCUUCUUCUCCAAUGUGUCAUCCUCUUCUGAAAAGUGUCGCCCUUGGACCAGUUGUGAGACCAAAGGCCUGGAGGAGCAGCAGCCAGGGACUAACAUGACUGAUGCUGUGUGUGGUUUCCGGCCUCGGAUGAGAGCUCUGGUAGUGAUUCCCAUCACCAUUGGGCUCCUGUUUGCUGUUGUGCUGUUGUCUUUCUGCAUCAGAAAGGUGGCCAGUAAUAAGGAGCCAGUGGUUGAGGUCCUCCCCAUGAAGCAUCCUGUGGAGACAGAGGACUUGCCUCCCGUGCAGGAGACUUUACAUGGAUAUCAGCCGGUCACCCAGGAGGAUGGCAAAGAGAGCCGCAUCUCAGUGCAGGAGCGACUGUGAAGCUGCAUGCCUAGGCACUGGCAAGUGGGCACAGAGCAGGGUGAAAGAGGCCACAGCUGGUCACCAUUCCUUUGCCUGUACCCCUGCCUGACCCGUGAGCAGGGAACUCUGGGUAACCAGCUUCUCAUUUGAACCUGGAACUCAUACCAUCUCUCAACUUGCUUUGAAACAUGGAGGCAAAAUCUUUUUUUUUUCUUUAAUUUAUUUUUUUAUUACUUUUUUUUUGUGGAGAGAAGGCACAUAAGCAUAUCCACCAAACCCUACAACCCAGCUGUUGGCCACCCAGAGACAAGUGGUGAUUUCCAUGAACCCAGAGAGACCUGCACACACAAGCAUUCACUGCAUUGUUGUUUGUGACAGUGAACAACUGGAAGCUACUCAGCUGUUCUUCAACAAGGGACUGACUGAAUAAAAGUGAUAUAUUUAUACAACAGAAUCUCAAAAAUGCUAUCAAGGGGAAAAAAGUUUACAGGACUGCAAAUUACGAAACUAAUUUAUUUUAUUUUAUAAUUACAAACUGGUUUUUAAAAAG